UGCUCAAAUGGCGUCCAAUCUUGGCCGUGUUGCUCGGCGAUUUGCUGCUGCUCAAGCCUCUGCACUGACAAAACCGAAAAAGUUCUAUAAGGAAGUAUCAGUAAUUAACGAGACGGACGAGAGCACCGGAAAUCAAAUUCAUAAAGUUCUUCUGGAUCAUCGUGUUCUCAAAACUCAAGGAGGACAAGUGCUAAAACUCGACUCAUAUCCACUUGCACUGGCAAUUGCUGAAGAAUGGUCAUCACAAGACGAAUUUCUGCAGUUGGGACAAAUGAGAUUGACUGGUCUUGCAUUCACUGCUCAGGAUAAUCCAUUGGAACAGACUGCCGACACAAUUUCUCAAAAAAUCCUCGAUUACGUGGAAGGUGACACUGUAUUGUUCUUCAAUACGGAAAGCUCGAAACUUCAUCGCUACCAGGAGGAGAAAUGGGCUCCGCUUAUCAAGAAUUUGAAUAACGAUUUGGGAAUUAAAGUUCGCCCCAGCGAGAAUAUUUUAGACUGUGACGUGGCCAGCGAGAACGAUAAGGAAAAAAUCGACAGAUGGAUUCGUCAGCACAAUUUCCCGGCUCUUGUUGGGCUUCAGUAUGCAACUGAAUCGGUCAAAUCAUUCGUGAUCGCCUACAACGCAAUUCGUCAUCACAUCGACCCAGACACAGCAAUCGAUGCAGCAACACUGGAACAGAGAACUCAAGCAGAAACAUGGGGAAAUGUUGAAUGGGCUCACGGAAUUGAAAGAGAAGAACUCAUGACAAGACUGUCGGCUGCUUGUCUUUUUGUCUAUUUUAAUUCAAAUAAUUUCACUUCAAAAACUGUUUAAUUUCUUUUUUAAAAUCUCUAGUUUUUAGCUUGUUUUAGUAAUUGUUUGUUUUGUUUUUUUUAAAUUCAUUUCUUCAUUUUAAUUAAAAUAUUAUUUUAUAAA